AUGCUAUCCAUUAAUACCAAAUCAAAUCACAAAAGAUAAUUAAACUCACUUUAUAGAAAUCCUUCUAAAUCUAUUUCUCAAUGUUCUUUUGAUCUAUAAGAUAUUCUUUUAGAUAGAAGAAUAUAAAUUGCAGAAAAUUUAUCAAAAUUAAGAGAUUUUUAAGAAAUUAGAGAAAAAGAGUUUCGACAAAGAGAAAAAGAAUAUUAAAAAGCUAAAAGGAAAGUUCAUUUAUAUUAAGUUCUAAAUUAAAGAUUUCGAGCAUAAUCUUUUAUUGAACAACAAUAAUAAUAAGCAAAAUUACUCGAAAGAUCAAUAAAGUAUGUACCAAUGUCUAAUAAAUCAGUUAAUGAAUCAAAAUUAUUAACUUUAAAAAUGAAUUUAGAACCUUUGAGAACAAAAGCAAAAUAAAUUAAACCGUAUAUUGAUCAUGAUGUAAUGGUUACAUAAAAAUGGAAAGAACAUUGA